CAAUCACAAAAGCAUAAAAAAAGAUGACAAAAAGUAUUAAAUAAAAUUAUUUAAAAAUCGUUCGUUACGCUAAGCCUACGGUUUUUUACAUUGUAUCAACAAUGAUAAAAACUGACGCUUAACAAACAAAUAUUAAACACGAAGAUGUCUGUUCCUAAAUUGUACGAAAGCGAGGAUUAUCUGUUUGUUAAUAAACAGUAUGAUAUGUACAUAAACUCAGAAGACGAAAACGAAAAGAAUUCAGUUACGUACAACAUCGCCAAACAUGACUCCCACCAUUCUACAUCCUCAAAUCCAUUGCAUUUUGUUCACCGCCUCGAUUACGCUACCAGUGGUGUAUUAUGCAUAGCAAAAAAUAAACGAGCAUCAGCUAUCGCGGGAAAAUUAUUUGAGAAACGAGAAACUAAGAAAUAUUAUUUAGCGGUUGUUAGAGGGCAUGUUGAAUUUGAUUUAUGUGAUAUUGAAUAUUCUGUCGGUACUGACGCCUUGACAGCGUCGUCAUCUCACAAGAUGGUGGCGGUUACGUCACUGCCUGAAACUGCAUUAACUACAACAGUGCAUCCACGACCGGCGCAUACUCGUGUCCUUCUCCUAGAAACUGGUUAUUAUUGCAACGAUCCCGUUAGUGUGCUAUUGUUGAAACCUGUCACUGGUCGUCGGCACCAGCUACGUGUACACUGUGCUGCCAUUGGGCACACAAUACUUGGCGACUACACCUACAGUAAUGCCGAAGAUUCGGCACCGUAUCGAAUGUUUUUACAUGCAAUGAGGUUGAUCUUACCUUUACCACAAGAGACACUGGAUAUUCAAACAUCAGAACCAUUUUUCUCGGAUGAAAAGUUCUCUUCAAAAUACCGCUCCUUGCGCAAAUUACACACGUUCUGGAGUAAAAAUGAAUUUAUAAAAGUUUGCGAUGUUACAGAUCAGCCACUUAUGAUAGGUGUAAAAUAUAAAAUAUUUAAGCCACAUACAAAUUACGAAUCUUUCUCGUUUACUGAUAACAAAGAUAAACAUUAGUUUUUAAAUUGAAAAACAUUUCACAGCAUUGUCAAAUUAUAUGCCAUAGACACAGC